CACUCGCACAAACACAAUGGCCUUGAAGUUGUUGGCGAAUCCACUUCAUUCAGCUUCUUCUUCUCAAUCUCAAUCAAAGAUUCCGACCUUGUUAAGGAGCUUUAGAUCCUUCCAUAAGCAUAGUUUUCUUCUUCAAUGGCGGUCGAAAGUGAUUGUAAGUGGAAUCAGCAGUUCGGGAUUGAUGGUGAGGGCAACCGUAAAGGAAGACAUGAAUGUGGUGGAAAAAGGGGGAAGUGAUUGGGGGAAAGUGUCUGCAGUUUUGUUUGAUAUGGAUGGAGUUUUGUGCAACAGUGAAGAGUCGUCAAGGUUGGCUGCCGUUGAUGUGUUUGCUGAAAUGGGUGUUCAGGUUACUGUUGAAGAUUUUGUGCCAUUCAUGGGAACCGGUGAGGCAAAUUUUCUAGGUGGUGUUGCUUCUGUAAAGGGUGUUUCAGAUUUCAACCCUGAGGCAGCUAAGAAGCGGUUUUUUGAGAUAUAUCUAGAUAAGUAUGCAAAACCAAAUUCUGGAAUAGGUUUUCCUGGUGCUCUUGAGCUUAUCACUCAGUGUAAAAACAGUGGCCUCAAAGUAGCAGUUGCAUCUAGUGCUGACAGAAUCAAAGUCGAUGCAAACUUAGCUGCUGCUGGGUUAUCAUUGACAAUGUUUGAUGCUAUUGUGUCUGCUGAUGCUUUUGAAAACCUGAAGCCUGCUCCUGACAUAUUCAUAGCUGCUUCAAAAAUUUUGAAUGUCCCACCAAGUGAGUGUAUUGUAAUUGAAGAUGCAUUAGCUGGUGUGCAAGCUGCCAAAGCUGCACAAAUGAGAAGCAUAGCUGUGACAACAACAUUAUCUGAAGAUGCCUUAAAGGAAGCUGAACCAUCGCUAAUCAGAAAGGAUAUAGGAAAUAUUUCACUUCAAGAUAUUCUUGGUGGUGGCUCUAGUUACCAGGGUGGGUCUUUCCAAGAAGCAUAUUCUACUAAUGACAGUGUCUUCUCUGUUGGCGGGUUGCAGGGUUCUCGCCGACAAAUAUUGAGAUAUGGAAGCUUGGGAAUUGCAUUAUCUUGUCUUUAUUUUACCUUUUCAAACUUGAAGGCUAUGCAAUAUGCAUCUCCGAAGGCUAUAUGGAACUUGUUGUUUAAAGGAAACAGCCCACCCUUCGGACAGAGUGAAGAUGCAACACGCUCAUCAAGAAUCCAACAAUUUAUUAAUUAUAUAUCAGAUGUAGAAAGCAAGGGAAGCACGACGAUCGUUCCAGAGUUUCCGGCUAAACUUGAUUGGCUAAACACAACUCCGCUUCAGCUACGUAGGGAUUUGAAAGGAAAGGUGGUUCUGCUCGACUUUUGGACCUAUUGUUGUAUAAAUUGUAUGCAUGUGCUCCCUGAUUUGGAGUUUUUGGAGAAAAAGUACAAAGAUAUGCCGUUCACUGUCGUUGGAGUGCACUCUGCAAAGUUUGAUAACGAGAAAGACUUGGAAGCUAUUAGGAAUGCUGUACUGCGUUACGGAAUAACUCAUCCGGUUGUUAAUGAUGGAGAUAUGUAUAUGUGGCGAGAGUUGGGUAUAAAUUCGUGGCCGACAUUUGCUAUUAUUGGACCAACGGGUAAGCUCCUUGCACAGCUAGCAGGUGAAGGUCGACGCAAGGAUCUCGAUGAUUUGGUGGAGGCAGCUUUGAUAUUUUAUGGUAGAAGAAAGUCCUUGGACACCACACCAAUUCCUUUGAGCUUGGAGAAGGAUAAUGAUCCUCGACUGUUAAAGUCACCAUUGAAGUUUCCUGGUAAAUUGGCAGUCGAUGUCUUCAACAAACGGCUGUUCAUUUCAGACAGUAACCAUAACCGAAUAGUGGUAACUGAUCUAGAUGGGAACUUUCUAGUUCAAGUUGGGAGCUCGGGAGAAGAAGGUCUACGUGAUGGGAACUUUGACACUGCAAUGUUCAACCGCCCUCAGGGUCUGGCGUACAAUGCCACAAAGAACUUACUAUAUGUUGCAGAUACUGAGAACCAUGCUUUGAGGGUGAUUGAUUUUGUGAACGAGGUUGUGGAAACUCUAGCUGGAAAUGGCACCAAAGGUUCCGACUAUAAAGGGGGAGGGAAAGGAACCAGUCAGCUUCUGAAUUCUCCUUGGGAUGUUUGCUUUGAGCCUGUAAAUCAGACUGUGUACAUUGCAAUGGCUGGCCAACAUCAAAUCUGGGAGCAUAGUACACUAGAUGGGGUUACAAAAGCUUUCAGUGGUGAUGGUUAUGAAAGAAACUUAAAUGGUUCAAGCUCUUCCACAACAUCGUUUGCACAGCCAUCUGGACUUUCAUUAUCACAGGAUGUGAAAGAGGCAUAUAUUGCUGAUAGUGAGAGUAGCUCCAUUCGAGCACUCAAUCUUACAACGGGAGGAUCAAGACUACUAGUUGGAGGUGAUCCCGUAUUUUCAGACAAUUUGUUCAAGUUUGGAGAUCAUGACGGAAUUGGCUUUGAAGUGCUUCUUCAACACCCGUUGGGCGUCUUAUGUGGAAAGGAUGGUAAAAUCUAUGUGGCAGAUUCUUAUAACCACAAGAUCAAAAAGCUAGACCCAGCUACUAAAAAGGUGAGUACAUUAGCAGGCACUGGGAAAGCUGGCUUUAAGGAUGGAGCAGCUUCAUCAGCUCAGCUGUCAGAACCAGCAGGAAUUGUUGAAGCUGAUCAAGGGAGACUAUUCAUAGCUGAUACGAAUAACAGUUUAAUUAGAUAUUUGGACCUCAACAAAGAAAAUGCAGAACUUGUUACUCUUGAGCUAAAAGGAGUUCAGCCUCCUGCACCAAAGUCUAGAUCUCCAAGGCGCCUUAGAAGACGAACUUCAGCUGACACAGAAACAAUCGUGGUUGAUGGCGUUUCAUCCAAUGAGGGUAACCUAAUUCUUUCAAUAUCGGUGCCAGAAGGGUAUCAUUUCUCAAAUGAAGCACGAUCCAAAUUCAGUGUUGAAAUUGAACCUGAAGAUGCAGCAGUUGUCGAUCCCUUGGAUGGGAAUCUCAGUCCAGAUGGAACUGCAAUUUUACAUUUUAGAAGAUCCGCUCCUUCAGCGACCUUGAGUAGGGUUAAUUGUAAGGUAUACUACUGCAAAGAAGAUGAGGUUUGUUUAUAUCAAUCUCUUGUUUUCGAAGUACCUUUCCGAGAGGUAUCAGCGGAAAUUAAGGCCCCACAAGAAAUCAAACUGCCUUUUGUUGUGAAACCGAAAUCAUCAGAAGGAAGUUUACAGCUGCCGGUUGCUCAAUGAUCCAAACAUGGGAAACUGAUGUAAGUUUCUUUCGUUCGACACUCUGUUACUGCUGUAUACAAGAAAUCUGAAUUCAUUUCAUUUCUCUUAAGCAAGUUGAUGUUUUGCAUAUAUAUAUAUAUAUAUUAUAUGUAUAUAAAUGAUCUCAAUGUAUAGAAUCAUGUAAGAAGUAUAUCUGCUGCUUCUUGGCAUGCAUCAGAU